UCGAGACUGAGGGCCUUGUGGGAGUCCCAGUUAGUCUGUCCGAGUCUGAGCGGGUGGUACUUUCUGUACCUAUAGUACCUCGAGAGAACAUUAUAAGAGAAGAGGAUGUACUGUAUCGGACCUUGCGUAACGCGGAUCAUUUAAAACUGGAGUACUAAACGUUUUUAUUUAUAUCGACGACCUCGAUCUAAUAGGACAUAUACAUAAUAGUCACUGGUUAACACCCGCAUAUAUUGAAUAGAAUCGUCAAAAGAGGCUUUUUAUCAAUUCUAAAUAGGAAUAUAAAAUUGUAAUAUAAAAUUGUAUUCCUUUCGUGGAGAUUUUUUUUUUCAACUCGGUCAUUUUACCUUGGGCGGAAUUUUUUUUUUUUUUGUUUAACGUCGAGAGAAAGAGAGAAUUGUCUCGACUUUUACCCGUGAAACAAUGUUACCAAAGUUCUCAAGUGUGGAGGAUGUUCAGUGACGGUGACCGAGUCCUGUGUACUUUUUUCGGUAUUCUACUUAUCAUCGCUCACUUUCAAUUUUUGUCGGUCUACUCGUUUAUCACUUUCGUCUCACAUUGUCCGGAUCGAAAAUCACUUCGAAUUUCACUGCCCUGCCAAUAUGAUUCGGAUUGUCUAGCCGUUGAAAAUGCAAUUUGCGAGAGAUCGAAUUUAAGUUGUUUUUGCAAAUCGCAUUAUGUUCUUUAUAAAAAUCGCACUCAUAUUAAAUGCUUACGAGUCGCCCGUGGAUUGGGGGAACCUUGCGAAGAAAAUAUGCAGUGUCAGGUAAAAUUUGGAGCUGAGGCUGAAUGUCGAUUUAAUAAUUGUCAAUGUUCUCAAGGCUCUCGUUUCAUCGGAGACAGAUGCUACGAAACAGUUGGUUUAGGCGAAUAUUGCAAAACAUGGAGAAAUUGUUACGUUGAGGGUUCGGAGAGUGCCUGUCAAAAUGGGCGAUGUGUUUGUCACUAUCUUUUUCAUCCGAGUCUCGAUGGAACUCGCUGUGUCAAAACAGUCGCUCUAAGGGAAAAUUGUACACACACCGAGGAGUGUGCUGUUAAAAAUUCGAAAUGCAUCGGAGACUGUCGAUGUGACAUUAAUCAUGUGAUAUCUACAAAUAAUUCAAUGUGUCUGAAAAGUGCCAAUUCAAUUGGCGAUCUUUGCGAAGAGGAUUUACAAUGUCAGGACAUUAAUUACUCAAGAUGUCACAGAGGAAAGUGUUCGUGUUUGAAGGGCUAUCAUCGACGUUCAAAUACUUGUCAUCUCGAUAUCGGAUUGAAUAAACCUUGCGAACAUCACGCACAAUGUAUCACGUUAACAAAUACGGAUUCCGACAAAUUUGCGCCAACAAACGUUGAUUGUAUCGACGGGAUCUGUUCCUGUUCUUUAGGACACACUUUGACCUCACGUGGGCUCGACUGCAUCGGAUAUGCUGAAAACGGAACACCGUCUUGGAGCAUAAAUCCGAUUAUUACUUUAAUUAUCACUGCCUUUAUUAUUGUCAAGUAAAAGUGAAUGUUAAACACGCAGAAAAUAAUUUACUUGACGAAAUAAAAUUUUUAAUUCCAAUUUUUCUUUAUAAAACAAUCACAUUUUUAUUUCUUUUUUCAAUAAUAGUCUUUAUUUUUAGUUUCAUUACAUUUGCUUUCUCUCAAAGGAAGCCUUAUUUACAUUAAAAUUUUCAAAAGUUAAUUUUCAAAUCUAAUUUGAAAAUACUAAUUUUCAAAUAUUUUUUUUCAAAUUUUUUAUUAAAAUAUUUAUUAAUAAUUAAAAAAUGCUAAUAACGAAACAAAUGAAUUCUAUAAAAAAGGAUCUAAAUUUAUCUGUUUUCAAAGAUCAAGUAAAUUAUUUUCUUCGUGCAAUAAAAGCUUUAAAAAAAAAGUCGUCGAUAAUGACUCAGGUUAGCUUUCCGCGUAUUUUUUGCAGUAUUUAAUAAUGCAUAAUAAUAAUUAAUAAUUUAAUUUACCAAAGCAAUUAUAGUUUACUAGAAAAAGAGAUAUUUACUAUAUUAUAUUAUCUAUAUUUUAUAGGACAAUAGUCUGAGUAGACUAAAAUCUAGAGCAGUACAAAAAAACAGAAUGUAUUAACAGAAUUUAAAACGAAAAUUAAAUUUUUAUUUUUGUUAACA